AUGGAUUCCUUGACUACUCUGAUAUGUACAUUGAUUAUGUUUGAAUAUGCAGCAACAUCUGUUUAUAAAAUAGAAUGUCAUUUUAAAUUGAAAUAUGCGGAUGAAACAGGUACGAUAUCAGCGAUCGGCAGCAUCCAGUAUCAAAAUUUGAAAUAUUCAAUAAACAGCUGGAACCAUGAUAACACAUUUGAAAGUGGUAUUAGUCUCGAAUUAAUUGGUGGAAUAGCUGCAGGCUUUGUCGAUGAUCGAGGUUUUUUCAUAUAA